AUGGUGAAAGAUUCUCUCUGCUCUUCAUUCUUUUGUCUACUGGUGAUGAAGAAGAUUAACGAUGAUGAUGAUGAUGGAUACAAUGAAGUUUUGCGGGCUUUUUUUUUUAAUGUUUGCUCCUGUUUUGAUGAUGAAGACAAUGAUGUUAAAGAUUAUGCUGCUACUUAUGAUGAUGAUGAACCUUUAUCAUCUUCACAUGCUUGGUUUAGGAACUUAGGUAAGAGUCUCUCGAUCAAAGAGCUGACGAGGGGGGUGAGCGGAAGAAGGAGUCUACUGGACGCGGUUCAACUAGCAGAGACUCUUGGAACAGCAGGAGUCAGAAGUCCCCAAGUAAGCGUAUUAUGGGGGACCAUCAAGCACAUCCGGCAAGAACCAAGGGAGAUCUCCUUCUUGCAUAACUCAGAUCGGAGCAAGGUGCCAUCGGACGCAGUCUCACGAUCGGGCAUGAGUGUAACGAUCCAGAAGUUGUCAUUGUAUACUCGGAAGGCGGCGGGAGAAAGAAGGGAACACUGGGCGGGAUCUUUCAGCAGCGAAUUCCCCAUACAGAUAGAGGCCCCUAUCAAAAAGAUACUCCGAAGGCUUCGGGAUCGAGGUCUCAUUAGUCGAAGAAGACCCUGGCCAAUCCACGUGGCCUGCUUGACGAACGUCAGCGACGGAGACAUCGUAAAUCGGUCCGCGGACAUCGCUAUCAGUCCUCUGUCCUACUACAGGUGCCGCGACAACUUUUCUAAAGUCCGAACGAUUGUCGACCACCAGAUUCGCUGGUCUGCUAUAUUCACCCCAGCCCACAAGCACAAAACCUCGGCGCGGAAUAUAAUCCUAAAGUACUCCAAAGACUCAAGUAUAGUCAGUCAAGAAGGUGGUAAGACCUUAGCAGAGUUCCCCAACAGCAUAGAGCUUGGGAAGCUCGGACCCGGUCACGACCCGACACUCAACUACUAGUGUCGAUGUAGUAGUUUUUUCUAUUAGUUGCAGACUUCUUCGUAGAGUAGGCGUUGUCUGCUAUCAAUUCCAUGAAACUUCCUUUUCAUGCAAGGACAGGUUGGUUCGAGGACCCCUUGGUCAAAGUAAAGUAGGUCCUGAUUCCAGGACGGAGCCGUAUGACGUGAGG